CCCUUUCCACUGCACAAGUGCAGAUUUCCCCUUCCUCCGGCCGGAUCGGAACGCGGCCACUUCUCCCUCCCAGCUCCCCACCCAUCUCAUCGUCGUCGCCUCUAGGGUUUCUCUCCCCACCUCCCCCCUCCUCCACCUCCCAAAACCUCGCCCCCUCGCCAUGGCCAAGACCAAGCAGGGCAAGCGGGACGUCGACUCCUACACCAUCUCCGGCACCAACAAGGUCGUACGAGUGGGGGACUGCGUGCUGAUGCGGCCGGUGGACUCGGACAACCAGCCGUACGUGGCGCGGGUGGAGAAGAUGGAGCUGGACGGGCGCGGGAGCGUGCGGGUGCGGGUGCGGUGGUACUACCGGCCCGAGGAGUCCAAGGGCGGGAGGAGGCAGUUCCAUGGCGCCAAGGAGCUCUUCCUCUCCGACCACUUCGACAUGCAGAGCGCCAACACCAUCGAGGGCAAGUGCGUCGUCCACUCCUUCAAGAACUACACCAAGCUCGACAACGUCGGCCCCGAGGACUUCUUCUGCCGCUUCGAGUACAAGGCCGCCACCGGCGCCUUCACCCCCGACCGCGUCGCCGUAUACUGCAAGUGUGAGAUGCCAUACAACCCGGAUGAUCUCAUGGUGCAGUGCGAUGACUGCAAGGACUGGUUUCAUCCUUCAUGCAUGAGCAUGACGAUUGAGCAGGCCAAAAAACUAGAUCACUUUGUGUGCUCAGAUUGUGUCAAGGAAAACGGUGCAAAGAGACCUUCACAUGCAUAUGCAGGUUCAACAAAGUAUGAGCCUAAGUGGAUUCAAGGUUUUAGCUUGUCAACUGGUAUCAGCCUACUAUUAUUUCCUUUUCUUUGAAGGCCAUGAUUUUGUUUUCUGGCUCACUCUCAGAUAUAUGUGUUACUAUCUUCUGCCCAUAUGAGAGCUUUAAAAGUAAAUUACUGAACAUUCAAGCAUCUUAUUUCAUGGAUGAGAUGAGAGCUUUACGCACUUGCUAAAUUUGCCAAAUGAUGACUGGGCUGGAAUUGUGCCUGUUCCUUGCAAUAUUAAUACCGUUAAAAUUUAACUUAGAUGGAUAUCUUCCCUACAUUGGUUUAUAAUUCUUGUGCAUAUUUUGACAUAUAUAUGGUUGUUUUCACUUGCAUAUAUUAUUUACAUAUCUGUUAAUGGUUUUGUUCAAAUGUAACUUUCAUACAUUAAGAUAGUAAGAGUUUAUGUAAAGAAGGCAGCACAUGCAAUUCCACAAUAUCAUAUGCCCUUGAGCUAACAGCUAGAUUCCACAUUUUAAUACAUAAAAUUGAGGAUUUUGCUGGCCAUUGGAUAUAUUAUUUAUAAAUGUUAGCAUUUCGAAGCAAUUCAAGUGCCUGAACACUGAAACUCCUAUCAUUUGUUGUCUAACAUGCAUCUAUUCUAUUUCUUUUUUUGUUUUUUUGGUUUGUGAA